AUGAAGCCAGUGACUGUGUUCCGUCUUUUCUGCAUCCUGGUGGCUUUGAAUACUUUAUUCAAGACUAUACAAGCCCAUUCCAUGAGUGCCUUUGUAAGUUUAUUCUAUUUCAACAGCGCUAGCAACAGCACGGUGUCUGAGCACUGCGAAUGUGGCCGGUAUGGAUUAAAUUCUCCUCUGCUGAGUGCUCGGGGGCUUGUGGGCGUUCCGAAAUCUGCAAAUCGUCAAGCCUGCAAUGCAAAUACCCGGUUCACCACCACAAAACCACCGUGGAUAGCACUGAUUGAAAGAGGCAAUUGCAGUUUUGCUGAAAAAAUUCAGUUGGCAGCCAGACGGGGUGCAGCAGCGGCUGUGAUCUACAAUACGCAGGACAAAGGCAACAGAACCCUCGUGAUGAUGCAUCUCGGUGCUGAAAGCAUUGUUGCAAUUAUGAUUGACAACCUGAAAGGCAUGGAGAUCUUACACCGGAUUGAGAGUGGCUUGAGAGUGACCAUGGUUAUUGAAGUGGGGAAAAAGCAUGGUCCUUGGAUGAAUCAAUACUCCAUCUUUUUCAUCUCGAUGUUGCUUGUCAUUGUCACAGCAGCAACCGUGGGAUACUUUGGUUUUUAUUCUGCUUGGAGAUUUAGGAUUGCAAGGGCCCAGUCCGAGAAUCAGCGACAGCUAAAGGGCCAGGUGAAGAAGGCCGUUGAACAGUUACAGCUGCGCACCCUGAAGCAGGGGGACAAGGAAACUGAUCCUGACGGAGAUUGCUGUGCUGUGUGCCUCGAGCUGUACAAGCCGAACGAAGUAGUGCGUAUUCUGAGUUGCGACCAUCUCUUCCACAAGAACUGUAUUGACCCCUGGCUUCUGGAGCACAGGACGUGCCCGAUGUGCAAAUGUGGCAUCGCCAAAGUUUUCGUUGUUGAGGUGCAUGUAGAAGAAGGGGCUGAGUCUGUGCAAGCCACAGCAUCUAGUGGGAUAACAAAUAUCUCUGUAGUCGACGAAGAGGAUAAUAGUGAAACUGCAUCAUCUGGGUAUGCUUCUGUAGAAGGAGCAGAUGAAUCUGUUUUGGAGGAACACGCACCAACAGAAAAUGACAACACACGUCUUGUAAACAAUGAAUCCCAGGCCUCCACUGUGAAUGUCCUUCCACACGUUGACAACCCAAGUUUUGAGGCAGACGAAACAUAA